AUGGACCAGGACUUCCUUUCAUCAGUAAGUCUACUUGACCUGGACCAGAUGGACCAGUAUGAAAAAGUUGAGAAGAUAGGCGAAGGAACAUAUGGUGUUGUUUAUAAGGCUCGUGACCGAGUGACCAAUGAAACUAUUGCUUUGAAGAAGAUCCGGCUGGAACAGGAAGAUGAGGGUGUCCCAAGCACGGCUAUUAGAGAAAUUUCUCUCUUGAAAGAGAUGAAACAUGGAAAUAUUGUCAGGUUACAGGAUGUGGUGCACAGUGAAAAGCGAUUGUAUCUGGUCUUUGAAUAUCUGGACUUGGACUUGAAGAAACACAUGGAUUCGUGUCCGGACCUUGCUAAGAAUCCACAUCUGAUAAAAAUGUUUCUGUAUCAAAUACUUCUUGGCAUCGCUUAUUGUCAUUCUCAUCGAGUUCUUCACCGAGAUUUGAAGCCUCAGAACUUGCUGAUAGAUCGUCGUACCAAUGCAUUGAAGCUUGCAGACUUUGGAUUGGCCAGAGCCUUUGGUAUUCCAGUUAGGACAUUCACUCAUGAGGUGGUGACACUAUGGUACAGAGCACCAGAAAUACUCCUUGGAUCCCGCCACUACUCUACACCUGUUGAUGUGUGGUCAGUUGGUUGUAUAUUUGCUGAGAUGGUGAACCAACGACCAUUGUUUCCUGGAGAUUCCGAGAUAGAUGAAUUAUUCAAGAUUUUCAGAAGCAUGGGUACUCCAAAUGAGGAUACAUGGCCAGGAGUGACUUCUCUGCCUGAUUUCAAAUCUGCAUUUCCGAAGUGGCCUCCUAAGGACCUGGCAACUUUGGUCCCAAGUCUCGAUUCAGCUGGUGUUGAUCUCUUUGGUAAAAUGCUUUGCUUGGAUCCCAGCAGGAGAAUAACAGCCAGGAGUGCUCUUCAGCAUCGAUACUUCAAGGAUAUAGGGUCUGUACCUUAG